ACGGAAGGUAAAGUCAGGCCACGCCUUCCGUCCCCUUAUUACCCUCAUCCCGCUGUUUCUAGCAAGAGGGGCGGAGUUAAGGACGUCACUCCCUCUAUAGCUCGCGCCGCAGUCUUUAUGGCGUUAAAACGUACGCAGGCGCAGUUGAAGGCAGGCGGAAUUAUUUGCCGGUGACCUUGAGGAGAAAGCGGGGGAAGGGGUAGUAGGCGGACCGGAAGUAGGAAAAAAAAGCGCACGUCUGAGCGGAGGCGAGAAAGCCGGAGAGAAGAAGCAACUCGCGAAUUAAGGCCUCUGUCGUCGUCAUUAUGCCUCGGGGAAGCAGAAGCCGAACUUCCCGCAUGGCCCCGCCGGCCAGCCGUGCACCACCAAUGCGAGCAGCUCCACCACCAGCUGCACAUGCUCCCGUCCCAGCACCUGCCCCUGCAUCAGCAGUGGCUUCUCCUGCUCCCCGGCAGCCUGGCCUGAUGGCCCAGAUGGCCACCACAGCUGCUGGCGUGGCCGUGGGCUCUGCUGUGGGGCACACACUAGGACAUGCAAUGACUGGAGGAUUUGGGGGCAGCUCUGAAGCUGCAAGGCCAGACAUCACUUAUCAGGAGCCGCAGACAGCCCAGCCAGCAGCACAGCAGUCUCAAUAUACCCCUUGCCAGUAUGAAAUGAAACAGUUCCUGGAGUGUGCCCAGAACCAGUCUGACCUGAAGCUGUGUGAGGGCUUCAGCGAGGUCUUGAAGCAGUGCCGUUUUGCAAAUGGUCUAGCCUAACAGAGCUGUGCAGAGCGAAGUCCAAACUCCGUUAAUGAAAGAUGCCUCACUAGUAAAAUUCUCUUUUAAAGUCUAAAA